UGUUCACUUUGGAUAAAUGGAAAUUGUCCAGAUUAGUCUUAGAGAAAGUGAUUUACUAGCAUAAGGUUGUUUGAUCAGUCGCAUUCGUUGAGAACUCGGAUCCAGUUAGAUCAUCCUAUGGUAUUGGUCUUGUGUGUUGGCACUAGCAGUUGUAGUGUACAAGUUAGAUUUGUGCAAAACAGUCCACGAAAUGUAGUUGGCUAUAGUGUUUUCAUCUUGGUUUCGAUCUUUUGCGUUUGACUAGUUUGUUGUUUCCAAACUUUUGUUAGACUCUAGUGCUCUGAGUAUCAAGGAUCAGAUUACCAGCUAUCUUUGUUCUUCAAAUUGCUUCAAGAGUUGACUUCCGUGGCUAACUUUAUCUGCUCUUUAUCUGAUUGGCUUCCGUACCUUUGUGCUGGAUGAUGCCGUUCACGUACUCGUGGUGUUUGUCUUGACAGUGCUCGCUGGACUCGCGUUUAUGUUCUCCACGACCAUUCUACUGCAAAUACUGGCAUGUGCUUUGUACAACAAUUGGUGGCCCAUGUUAGCAGCUCUCAUGUAUGUCCUUGUGCCAAUGCCAUGCAUGUUCUUUGGCGGUGGAUCUACACAGUUCUUGACAAGCAGGGAUGGUGGAGGAUGGAUUAAUGCUGCAAAAUUCCUGACUGGUGCGUCUGCCAUGGGAAGCAUUGCCAUUCCAGCAAUUCUGAGGCACGCUGGCCUAAUUGAGACCGGUGCCAUGUUCAUCGAGUUCACAUCCUUCUUCAUUCUUGUGUGCACAGUGCUGUGCUUCCAUAGGGCUACCCAGGAUGAAGACUGGUAAAUGUGCAGGACCGUGAUGGAUAGCCGUUUCGUGGCCGGUUCUCUCUACGCUAAGAAAAAUCAUGUGGAAGCUAACAUCGAUCUGUACAAAGAAGCCGUGUGGCUGAUGUUUUAUAGACACUCUUAAGAUUCUGUAGUCAUGUGGCAACGCAAAUGUUCUAUCUUCGCUUGUUUUGUCAAUAUUCUCGUCACAUGUUCAAUGGUGAACCAUCCGUGUAAAACAUGACCAAGAGCACAGGAAGACGUCCUAUUUCCCUGGUUGGCUGCUACAUUGCGUUAACCUAUUAUCAAUGAAGUACUGGGAAUUUAAUGA